GGCAUGAUGAUGCGUUCACGUCAUAUGGGAAAUGUUUUCCAUAAAGCCGGAUAAUUACGGACCUUUUAGAAAAAGAUUCAAUCUUCAUUCUUGUUAUUUCAAUUAGAAUUUUGGUUCGGACAUUAUUCACAAUUCGGAAGGGUAAGGUAAUAUAUACAAAUUCCCAUAAGGCGUGAACACAGCUUAACCCCAGACGAUGCACUGACAGCGGAUCGGGUAAGCCCGCCUCCCACUGUCAUUCAAGCCGAGAGCCCCGCUUCCAAUAAAACAAAUACCCACUAAAGGGAUGAAUACCCGAAACAUAAUCCCUGACCUGCACGUCAAAUUUGGAGAGAAGACCUGGAACGAGACCUUCCUGCUUGUUCGCAGAUGCAUGGAAAAAGUGAGGGAUAAGACUAAACCUUGUGAGCCGUUGGUUCGAUGUCUUGAGAAAUUCAGAGCUCUCAAUGUGUUCUCACUCAAUGCCAUGAUGUCCCAUCUUGAGAAGAUAGCCCAGCAACGAGGGAUGGGCUUCCACUUCUCUGAGGCCACAUGCUACCUGACAGCAGACCUCUUCUACCUGGAGGUGGCGCUGUCCCUCCAGGGGGGGGUUCAAGACGUCAAGGUGGCCCCCCACGGACAGCCCCCCAUGUCCAAUGAAUCCCUGCUGGUGCUCUUGAGGUCAAAGAAUUUUGUGGCGUUUUCCAAGAAGUUGGAGGGCUUUGCUGCUCUCUACAACGUACCUGGGAAUGAAAGUGAAGACAAAAUAAAGUUGUUCACGUCGCUACAGUACCUGGGAAAGGAUCUGCUGAAGAUUUCUCGGUUACCAAGACAUAUCAAGGAUUAUAACACCAGAGUGGACACGAUACUUAACGGCAAGACUGGGUAUCUAACUGAAGGAAAGGAAGAUUGCCCUCUGACCAUCCAGUUCUACGUCAGUCCCUCCGAUGUGCUCAAAGCUUCAAGUUCAAAUGUUUGGGACAUGGAGGAGGUAGGCCAGGUGGGCCAGGUGAUGGUAGGUCUCAGUGAUAUGGUCCAUGUUCUGCAGAUGGCUUCCCUGCUUCCAGUUCCCCCACAGCUUGAUACACAGGGCAAUCCAGUGUUUAUGCCAUUGAGUGAAAUACCCAGCGAGAGUUUCCCAGCAUGCUUUGUGCUUAGGUUACACCCACCCCUGCCCAUGUUCUCCUCCUUUCUGACCAAGAUCGGCAAAAUGACAGAAAUGGCAGUACCAGAUGUUGACCUACAGUGGGCGCCAUUUCAUACAAUUCUGAUGAAAGGUUUGAGCGACUCCAGUAGUGGUGACGAGGCAUUGGACCAGGCGGACCGAGAAUUUAAAGUGUCCCUUCCCGGUGACCUCCAGCACCGCUACGUGCUCCCAGCCGCUGCGUGGGCGCUGCCCACCCUGAGGGGCACCGUGGUGGGCAGCCUCCCCUUCUCUCGACCCGGCCACGUCCCCGACCUGCUGGAGGUCCUUCGCCACCAGUGUGCCAUCAACACCCUGUUGGCCAGCUGCCUCGCCCCCCAGACGGCUGGUCCACGCAACUCAGGAGUGGACCUGGUGUUUGAGAUCCUCAUGCAGUCGGAGACCAGCCUGGCCGUGACCUUCCAGAGACCAGACGUUGACUCUCUCGCUAUCCUGGUGGUGGAGAUCCCGCUCUCUGGUGAACUGAGCUGUAGUCUGUUCACCGCCGGGACCAGAGAGGUCUCCCUGGAAGAGUACACCUGCAGGGUCAUCAACAGGUGCAUGUCCAUCCCAGUGACCAUGAGGGCGCUCCGUGCUAAGCUGGAGAAGAUCUCCUCUUCCUCUUCCUCCUCCUCCUCCUCCUCAUCGGUCCCUCCUCCCCCGGACCCCCUCCACACCCAGACAGGAGGUGACGGUGUCACUCCGUGUCCUACCCCAUCCUCCUCCGAGACCCUCCUCGCGUCCUUGCCGCCGUACUACAAUUCCCACAAUGCAUUGGGACCAGUGGACGAGCAUCCGGUGUACGGGUCAGACUAUUUCACGGGUGCGACCUCCACACCGGAGCAGGUGGCUGAGGUUCCCAUGACAACGUCACCCUGUGACGCGAGCGAUGUACCCAUGGGCGAGUACUCCAAUUGGAUGAGCACUGACUGCCCAAUAGCAGAAAUCAUGUAAUGUAGCGUUGUGCGUUGGCUAACUAGGCACUCAUUAAGAAUGCUCAUCUGCAUAAAUCUGCAUAUUUAAAUACCCCUAUAUUAAGGCAAACCUACAUUAUUUUUUUAUGAUGUUUGCAUUAUGGACCGUGAUAGAACAAAACUACUUUUGACAUCAUGAUUUGAAGAGCUACUUUCUUUCUUGAUUGAUUGUCUUUUUGUUUCUGUGUUUUUUUCUCUUGUUUAAAUUAAUAAAAUAUUAAUUUUGUCUUAUAUUCUGCUUUUUUAUUGCACGUCACGGAUUGAUAACGUGCAUCUUUAAGUUUGCAGGAGUAGACGUCCUCGGUCGUCCAUCCCACCUAGGUAAACAAGCCGUAAACUGGUUAUUACGUUGUCCUUGGCAUCUGACCUCAAUCAGACAGCCAAGAGAGUUCGAUUUUUUUUUGUGUAGUG